UCCAAACUACAGCUUUCUUACUGUUACUUUAUAACUUAACAAACCCUAGCCUAAGUGGUUUUGCACAGAAAUAGUUUAAAGUUGCUGUAAAUUUGAACUACACCAUUGCAUACUGCAGGUAAAGAGACCAGUAGAGGGUGGUGUGUGUUAAUGAGUUGUUAUAAAAGGGCCGAUUCAUUUUUGUGUGAUACGCCUCCUACGUGAAUUUAAAGCAUAUGACUAAAAGAGGAAACAAACACAAUUUAUUGGGUCUGUAGUCAAAGGAGGCAUUUAUCAUCAAGUCAGUGUGCUGACUGCUGGGAAAGACUUACCUAAGCAUACAGGCUCAUAGUAUAGACGGCGCGCUAUGUUGAAUCACUCCAUGGAGGGGAUUUACCUCAGCUCUCACUUAGAGAACAUCCUGCUCACAACCUUCUACGCUGUCAUCUUCGUCCUCUCAGUCCCGAGUAAUGCCCUGGCACUUUGGGUGUUCUCCCACCGCAACAUCAACAACACCCCUUCCAAAGAGUUUCUGAAGCACCUGGCUAUAGCGGACAUGUCCUAUGUCUUGGUGCUCCCGAUGCGAGUGAUUUACCACAUGUCAGAGAGCCACUGGCCUCUUGGUGAAGGGGCCUGUCGUGUGGUUGGUUUCCUGUUCUUCGUCAACCUCUACUGCAGCAUGUACUUUAUGACUUGUAUCAGCGUAGACCGUCUGUUGGCUUGCACUGUGCCACACAAAACUCACAGCCUGAGAAAGACCAGGAAUGCCAAAGUGGUAUGUGCGGUGCUGUGGGUCAUGGUGACUAUUUCCAUGUUACCUGUCCUGUUCUCUAAAAGGGAAGUGACUAGACAAGUGCAGAAUAAUGUGACAGUGUGUGAAAAGCUGUACAUAGAGCAGUCCUCCAAUCCCACCGGCGCGUUGGUGUCAACUGCCAUUGCAUUUUUGAUACCUCUGGUCACCCUGAGCAUUUCUUACAUUCUUAUAUUUGCCAAAGUGAAAAAGAUGACUUUUAAAGAAAGGACACCUGCUCAGCGUAAGGGAAUGAGAAUGAUCGUUCUAACUGUGGUUAACUUCCUAAUUGCAUUUGUGCCCUAUCAUAUUCAACGCUUCGUGUUUAUCCGACAGCACGACGACAUGUCAAAGUCAGAAUCUGAAAGGCAAAUGUUGCAUUUAGGAAAUCGCAUCACUUCAGCUUUAACAUGCGUAAGUGGAGUGUUGGAUCCUGUCAUGUACUUCUUUCUGGCUAGAAACUAUCGAGAGACCCUUCUGCAGCUUUGUGGUAGAAACCCCAAAGAUGAACAAUCCACCACAUGAUCUUCUCAACUGCUUCUCACCAACCGCCAGACCUACUAAAACUCAGUAUGUGUAAAACAAAGUUUAGUGUGAAAGUGGGAGAGAUACGGUUCAGUUCAAGCGGAUUCAUACAGAAACGUUUUGAACCAUGACACGUACGUUUAUUUUACUUUUUGAUUCUGUCAACCGUUAUCAUUUCUCAAAUAAUUUAUUGUAUAUCAUUUUGUCCUAUAUAUCUAAAUGCUUUCAGUUGUUUCAAAUAAAAUAUUCUUUCAAAAUC